GCACAAACGUAAAGAAGUGUUACGGAGAGGGAUAAAAUUACUGAUAUAACUUUUAAAUCGUGUAUAUGUGUGCAUUUGUAUGGCUUUGCUCUUAUAAAAACCCCAAAUUGAAUUGGAAAGGGGAAUUAGGGUUUACUCAAAUAAUCAAUCGGGGAUGGUUUCCACCAAAUCAAGCGACACCGAGAGAAAGGAUGGAUCUUGCGAGACUCAACCGACGGAGGCCAUGGAAAUUUACACCGGAGAUGACUCUUCUUUCCUGGGGAAGCGCAAGGUCGAAACAACGAACCUGGAGGAGGAUCCCGGUGAAAACGAAGGCGACAUAGAAGAAAGUGUCGAGGACGAGGAAGAAGAGGAGGAGGAUAGGGAUUUGGAAUGGGAUAAGGAUAGCUUCGAUGAACGGGAGUAUCAUUCCUCUGGGAAUAGUGAGGAGUAUUCGGACAAGGAAUUCGAGAAGAAAGCCCAUUUUUACAGUCGCACGGUCAUCGAAACCAAGGGUUUUUUUGAGCCAAGUGACAAAUUCCCACCUUGCCGCUGGGGUGGGAUUUCUGCAGUCCCGGGUCUUGAUAAAAAAAUGCGUCGAGGUAUCACAGUUCGUCAGUUCCUAGCAGACAUGGUAUCUCUUUGUCUUGACAAAUAUAACGAAGAAAAGGGAUUUAAUGUGAUUCUCGAGCAUGUUUUGAGGGCUAAUUACAACCCAGGGGGCUGCACAAAGUACUACAUCACUUUUGCUGCUAGAGAGUCUGACUCUCCUGAUGCACCUCUACUUGAGUAUCAAGCUAAAGUGGCUUGGUCUGCUGGCAUUACUUAUCCUAUCCUUUGCAGACCCACUUAUCCACCUAAAAUCGUUGAAAGAGAUCAAGUGAAAGAAGUAGCCGAGGUGAGUGAUUGAAGAAUUUCACAAGGCCGCUUUAACGAGUCUAGUAGACCAAUAAGUUAUUCACUAGUAUUUUUCUACGUUAAAGACCGAUUGUGUAUUACCCGGAUCUUUCUGAAUUUCGCCAGCUAUGUUAAGUUUAUCUAUUGAUAAACGUACACAAAUAGUUACGACGCAUCACACCGGUCUAUCAA